UGAUAACCAUUCAAAACCGAAGAGGGAAGGAGGGGGGGGGGGAAAAAAAGGAAAAAGCCUUCCCGUGUCCAUCACUUCACGGAGCCAGCAGCCAUUCAACACUAGUUGCCCACCAGAUACCAACUACUAGAGAGCUCAAAGAUGGCCCCUGUCUCCAUCAAGACCGUUUUAAUCAGUGAAAGUGUGGACCCUCGGUGCAAGACAAUUCUGGAGGAAAAUGGCAUCCGAGUCACGGAGAAACAGAACAUGAAGAAGGAUGAAUUAAUCGGAGAGAUAAAGAACUACGACGGCCUUGUGGUUCGUUCUGCAACAAAGGUAACGGCUGAUGUCAUCAAUGCUGCUGACAAUCUAAAAAUCAUUGGAAGAGCUGGGACUGGUGUGGACAAUGUAGAUGUUGAUGCUGCCACCAAAAAGGGCAUUAUUGUCAUGAACACUCCAAGCGGUAACACGAUCAGUGCUGCUGAGCUGACUUGUGCCUUGCUGAUGAGCCUCUCAAGAAACGUGCCUCAAGCUGCAAUGUCGAUGAAGCAAGGCAACUGGGAUCGCAAGAAGUUCAUGGGUGCAGAGCUGUAUGGAAAGGUACUCGGAAUAGUUGGACUUGGAAGAAUAGGAAAGGAAGUCGCCUCCAGAAUGCAGUCGUUUGGCAUGAGAACUAUCGGCUAUGAUCCAAUCACUCCACCUGAGGUGGCGGCCAGCUGGGGGGUGGAGCCGAUGUCUCUGGAGCAGCUUUGGCCCCAGUGUGACUAUAUCACUGUCCACACUCCUCUAAUGCCCUCUACUGUCGGUCUGCUCAAUGAUGCAUCAUUUGCAAAAUGCAAGAAAGGUGUAAAGGUUGUGAACUGUGCACGAGGGGGAAUCAUUGACGAGGAUGCUCUCCUCAGAGCUCUGGAGUCUGGACAGUGUGGAGGAGCAGGGCUCGACGUCUUUGUUGAGGAGCCUCCUAAAAACCGAUCAUUGAUUGAGCAUCCUAACGUGGUCAGCUGUCCUCACCUGGGAGCCAGCACGAAGGAGGCUCAGGCUCGUUGUGGUGAGGAUAUUGCUCUGCAGAUUGUGGACAUGGUGAAGGGCAACAAGCUGGUUGGAGCAGUAAACGCACAGGUUUUGGCGAGCACAUUCUCUCAGGAGUCCCACCAGCUGAUCAAACUCGGAGAAGCUGUCGGCUCUGUGUUGCAGUCAUGCACUACCUCCACGAGACCAGUCAGCCGUGUUCAAAUCACUACUCAAGGGGAUUGCAUGAAGUCCUCUGCUGCUUACAUGACCUCAUCAGUACUGGUUGGACUGCUGAAUCAUGAAUCCUGUUGUCCGAACCUGAUCAAUGUUCUGAGCCUAGCCAAGGAGUCUGGAAUCACGGUUAACCAGACCCACUGUGCGGCUGACAGGGCAGCCAGCGGAGUGUGCACGGUGGAGAUCGAGGCCAGUGGCUGCCGCUACAAAGCGAGUGGUUCAGUUCAGGGUGGAGUUCCGGUCCUGCUGGAGCUGAGUGACAGUGUGUUCAGACAGGCGGUGUCUCUCACUGGAAACCUGCUGUUCUUCAAGGCCUCUGCAAACCCUCAGCUCCUGUCUUCAGUGGCUGGACUGCUGACCUCAGAGGGAGUGGAGAUUGAGUCUUUCAGUGCUCCCGCCGACCGCUCUGGAGACCUGUGGUAUUGUGUGGGGUUGUCCUCUCCCCUGCGUGACCUCGGUGCCUUGAAGCCUUUGGUUAAGGAGGCAGCACAGCUCACCGUUUAAAGAACAGCAGCCAGCAGCUUAUCUAAAAGAUCCCAACAUUCUCCAAGAGUGUCUAACAUAAUCGAUCCGUCUCGGUCCUUAGUGUUUACAACUAACAACUUGUUUAGAAGUUGAACCCUGGCAGUUAUAAGCUUUUGAUAAUGAUAAAGCCUUUUGAUAACAUUCCAUUGUUUAGAUGCUUUACAUGCACUUUGUUGAAGUAAAACUGGAUGAGAUGUUUCAGUGUUGUAUGCUGCUUAAUUUGUAAAAUAAAGUACACUUACUAAAAACAC